UUCUUCUCGUCGGCCCCAUCACUCUUGGACAAGUCGGCGUUCACGGUCCGCACAGCAAAUUUGCGUCCGCUUCCAGCGCUGGUCCGGGGCAAGGAGGCGUAGGUCGUAGCAGCAAACCUCCAUCGACGUCAAUGGCGUUAGGCGAGAUCAACGGGACAGGCGGGCAGAGAGCAGACGCGUCGUCGUCGACGGCUGUGUCUGCGCCAGCAUUGCCCGAAGAUGACCGCUUCUUUUCCAGCCUCGAGACGGCAUCUGCAACGGUCAGGGCAUUUCUACAGGAGGAUGCGAGGUGGCCUGACCUGGCAGACCACCUGAGCGCGGCCCAGUACCAGUACAAGCUGCAGCUCGUAUCGCCCUGGGCACCGCUGGAGAAGCGACGGAUGUUGAGCAUCCCCGAUGCCGUCAUCGAGGCGAGCUCAUCUGCAGAAACGUUCGCUGCCCAGGGUCUCUUUCCGGAGAUCGAUCGUGCCUGGAUCGUAAUCGACUCGCGGCUCUACCUCUGGAACUACCUCGAUGGGAGCAACGCCGCCUUUGAGUCGUACGAGCAUCCGGAGCGCGUCAUCCAGUCCGUCGGCCUCGUCCGACCCAAGCCGGGUGUCUUUGUGGAUCAGAUCCAGUAUGUGCUCGUCGUGUGCACGAGCACAUCCAUCACAUUGCUGGGCCUCGCUUUUGAGGCGCCAGCAUCUGCAUCCGCGUCGUCAUCCUCGUCGCCUGCAAAAAGAGAGCUGAAGCUCUUCGUCACCGACAUGAAUCUGGCCACCGAGGGCGUCCAGAUGUCUGAUGUGUGCGGCACCCAAGGCGGCCGUGUGUUCUGCAAGGGCAGUGACGGGUGUCUGUACGAGAUCCUCUACCAGGCAAACGAGGGCUGGUUCAGCCACCGAUGCUCGCUGCGUAACGUCACCAGCCCCAAGCUCUCGAAUCUUGUGCCCAACUUCAUCCAGGGCAAGCAGAAGGAGUCGCUCGACCAUGUCACGGUCGACUCGGCACGAAAUGCCGUGUACACGCUCCACAAGAAGACAGAAAUCGAGGUGCACCACCUGCCCUCACAGGACUCGUCCAAGGCGCCGAACCGCAUCGCCAGAGCAAAGGACAUCUGUCGGCAUGCCAACAUGAUCUGCCCCAACACGACGCUUCUCCAGCCCAGCGACUUUGCCAUCACUUCAAUGACGCCCGUCGCGGCGGCCGAGAGCAAGAACAUCCACCUCGUCGCCGUGACGAGCAAGGGAGUCCGCCUCUACUUUACCACGCAGAGGGGUGGCUGGAGGGGACUCGACUACUCGACUGGGCGUGCGACGUCGACGGACGCAGCGGCGCCCACCUGUCUCGAGCUCAUCUAUGUUCGGCCACCACCGCCGGCGGGCCAGACGCAGUCGCACGAAGGAGGCAUGGCCGUCCAGCAGCAGAUGCAACAGCAGAUGCAGUCCUCGAGUUUCUCUGCUCCCGUAUCGACGACCGACUUUGCUCCAUACCAGCCCUUGGUCUCGGACGUCCACCAGUCCUACUACGCUGAUGGCCUUUUCCUCGCCGCGGGUCAGUACUCGCUCGAACCCACAGGGUCGGUCGACUGUCUCCUCUGCACGACACGUGCCAUUCCCUCAGGUCACCAGAUGCGAACGGGAGCACAGGCGGGUACAGUAGCAGUCGGGACAGGCGCACCAAUUGGAGGAGGAUCAAGCAUCGUCGGCAUGGGCAACGUCGAUUUGGCCGAUACGGCGACCGACAUCUUGGUCCAGGGGCUGACGUGGGCCAUUGCUGAGGUGCCACGCAAGGCGACACCAGCCGAAGCAGAGCGACUCCACCCCCUGGCACGGCAGAUGAUCAGACGACCGCGGGUCAUGCUCGUUCUGACGAGCAGCGGCCUCUUUGUCCUCACCGAGCAGAGGCCCAUCGAUACGCUCAAGGCUCUUUUGGAGGUGGGCACCAUCUACGACCAGACUGUUCACGAAUUCUUUAAAAAGUACGGCCAGGGCCAGUCGUGUGCCAUGAGCCUGGCCAUCGCAUCGCGCAAUUCGCUCCUGUCCAUUGCCCCUGAGUCUCACCUCUCGGCCGCUUCGCCGGCCAUCGAGGCAGACGAAGACUUUGACAACCCAAAGGUGCUCAGCGCCGACGUUGUGUCGCACGCCUGGCGAAUCUUCUUUGACUUUGGUGGCCACCCUCGAUACGAGCCUCCGCCGUACCCCAGCCAGCCGGCGAGCGAUGGCAAGGUGACUCUCAGUGGCCGACACGAUGGCUUGGCCAUCUACCUCAGUCAGCUAUUGCGACCGUUCUGGCGAGAAAAGAUUACCAAGAAGCAGAUGAUCCCUGGCGAAGGCGAGCGGCAGACCCCCAAUGUGGCCGCCUCGUCCCUUGUUGGACCUCAAAGAGAGCUCCGGUCGCUCCAAAAGUUCCUUGACCAGAACGCGCAGCUGUUCGGACUUGGCGCCGUCAGUGGGCCAGCCUCCAGGACAGCAGGCGGAGCUGGUCGAGGUGAGGGAGACCAGGUGGCCUUCAAGGCCGAGCAAGACAGCCUCGAUGCCCUGCGAAGCCUCCUCUCGCGCACGCUGGAAGCCGUCAGCUUCGUGCUGCUUCUCAUUGACUACCGCAUGCCCAGCCUGGUCCAUCGAUGCCAGCCUCAGGUCCAGGCGAGCCUGCUGGAGCUGACGUAUGCCGACCUGGUCACAUCGAAGCAGGGACGCGACACAGCGCGUGUCCUCGUGGAGGCCGUCAUUGACGCUCAAAUCUCUGCCCAAGUCAGCAUCGACGCUGUGGCCGACGUGCUCCAGGAGCGAUGCGGCAGCUUUUGCAAUGCAGACGACGUUAGGCUCUACAAGGCUCUCGAAUGCAUCCGAAGGGCCAAGGAAUCACCGGACGGCCGGACACGCAGCGAGUCGCUGCGAGAGAGUGUCCGGCUGCUCAAUCGCGCGACUGCAAAUCUGCCCAUCAACAAGCUCGAGAGCAUCUGCAAAGACUAUCGCGAGCUUCGCUAUGUCUCAGGCGCCAUCGAGCUGCCGCUCCGGUGCGCGACUAGCUGGGAUCGCGAUCACCUGGCGCCGAGCUUCCGCGCCGAUGGCAUGCCGGAGAAUGAUGGGCGGAAAAAGGUGUAUGACCUGAGCAUGAGGUGCUACAACCUCGUCCUCGAAACGCUCGAGAGCUUCGAUGCAAAGGUGGCACAGGCACAGGAAAAGCAGCAACAACAACGGCUGCAGCAGACGGAGGCGCAAUCGCAGCAGGAGGCUCACCUCUUGCGGGAGCUCGAGGAUCAGAGGCAGAACGCAUACAAUCAGGCGCAAGCAUCGACCGAUGCUCUUUUCCACGUUGCUAUGUACGAUUGGCUACUUUCGCGCAGCAAAACGGAGGAGCUGCUUCGGAUGAGGACGCCCUACCUGGAAGACUAUCUCCGAUCGGAGCCCAUCACCCUCGAGCGUUGCAUCCUCCUCUGCAUGUGGUACGUCUCUGUCGGGCAGAACUUCUCGGCUGCGCAACUCUACGCUGGCCUGGCCCAGAGCACGGAGCUGGACAUCACUCUCGAUGACCGGGUCGAGUAUCUGUCCAAGGCGAGCAGCAACGCCAAGUCGGCCUUCGUGAACUCCAUCGACCUGGUGCAGUUCACGACGGACAUUGACGAAAAGCUCGAGGUUGCCCAAGUCCAGGUCGAAGUCUUUAGGGCAGUGCAGGAGAGCGAUUCGAUCGAAGAAGAACACAAGGUCGCCCUUUUGCAGGAGCUCGACGGCCAGCUCCUCGACAUCUCGGCGCUUUACAAAGAUUUCGCAGAGCCGUUUUCGAUGCACGAGAUCAAGCUCUUGAUUUUCCACGUCUCCGACCACCGAGAUGUGGACUUGAUUCGACAAGCGUGGGAUGCUCUCUUGACAGAAGCUCACGGAGAUGAGGACGCUUUGGGAGGAGGAAAGCAAUUUGAGCGAGUCGCAUCUGUUGUCGUCGAGCUUGGGAGGCGCUUCUAUCCUUCACCCGUCGCCUUUCCUGUCGAUGUUCUCUGCGACAUGCUGGAGCGAUAUGCGCUUGCCGAAUGCAACAACCAAGAUAUUCCCCAGGGAUGGGCGCUCACGACGAUGCUCCUCGCCGGCGUGCCUGCCGAGGUCGUCUUCGACGUUGUCGUCGAUGUCCUCGAGACACGGAGGGAGCCCUUCCAGACCACGCAGGGCUACCUGUUCCUCGCCGCUGAUGCAGCAAAGCUCGUCGACUCGUGGACGAGGGAGGUGCUUGGCCUUGCCUCUGACCCGAUCGGCUUGACCUCGGUCACGGCCGCGGAAGGGAGAGAUGCGACUUCCUCUGCCCUCGGCUUCCCCGCGAGGCGCAUCGACGAUGUGCUGGGCGCCCUCAUUGGUCACCUCACUUCGCUGGUCGCUCCCUCCUCUUCCUUGACGUCGCCGGCCGUGGACGGCAGAGACGCCGAGUCGAUCUUGGCACUGCUCAAGUCCACGCAGGAACUCAUUCGCAGGUCUUUUUAGAACACUUUGUCUAAAUGCAAAUUGUCAUGAGGAAAAGAGCAAAUCAUUGCCUGGGCUCGUUGGGGCGACAAAUAGCUAGUAAAGCCAAUUUGAAAAGACCGAAGCUGAGGGGAGACCACCAGAACAUGCAUCUUCUUCAUGAUGGCAGGCUGACUAGAUUUUCACCGUCUGCCAGUCCGAGGCUAUAGCUUCCUGAGGGUGGAAUGUUUGGCGGUGAUGCAGC